AUGUCUUCUGAACAGAAACCCGCGGACGAGUCCGCAGCAAUUCCAAAUAUCAUACUGGAAAAUGCAACCGCCGUCGCCGCGGCCAACCAAGAGGAGAAUGGCGCAGAUAAAGACAAGAUAGCCCCUACAUCCCCAGAUUCCCACGUACGGCAUCAUGGAGGAGUUUCUCCACAUAUCGAAGAUGUCCCACCUCCAGCAUUCAACGGCUCCGACUAUGGUCAUCUAGAUAUCAGCCAGAAUGGCCUGGACACUGGUGCUCGCAUUGCGAGCGAUGGCAGAGUCAACAUCAAGAUCAAUCAGCACAAUCGGAAGCUUACAAACCUCCUCCUGCCUGCUCUGCGUCGUCAGAUGGAAUUGCAAAGGAACAAAGCAGAGCCUGAAAUUCCAGAAGGCCUGGGAGAAACCGAAGGACUUCCGCCACCACCUAUGAACAUCGUCAUUCAGAUUGUGGGCAGCAGAGGUGAUGUCCAACCAUUUGUCGCACUUGGGCAGGUCUUGAAAGCAAGAUACAAACAUCGUAUCCGCAUAGCCACUCACCCAACGUUCAAGCAAUUCGUUACCGAGAAUGGUUUGGAGUUCUUUAGUAUCGGUGGGGACCCUGCCGAACUCAUGGCAUUUAUGGUCAAAAAUCCAGGGCUGAUGCCUGGCUUUGACUCCCUCAAGGCUGGUGAUGUGGGUAAACGGAGAAAGGGUAUCUACGAGAUGAUCACCGGCUGUUGGCGAUCUUGUAUCGAAGCAGGUGAUGGCAUGGGUGUUCAACCAUUGGACGACAAUAUGGAUAUCCGCAGCUUCGACAGCGCCACUUCAUUUGAUGUCGAUCCUACUCUGAAACCAUUCGUGGCAGACGCAAUCAUUGCGAAUCCCCCGAGCUUUGCCCAUGUACACAUCGCCGAGAAGAUGGGCAUUCCGCUGCAUCUCAUGUUCACUAUGCCAUGGUCGCCAACACAAUCCUUUCCUCACCCGCUCGCCAACAUUAUAUCCUCCAAUACCGAUCCUAAUAUGGCAAAUUUCGUCACUUAUGCCCUCGUCGACAUGCUGACUUGGCAAGGUUUGGGAGACAUAAUCAACAAGUUUCGAGAGAGGACCCUCGGCCUUGAACCAGUCAGUAUUAUGUGGGCCCCCGGUAUGGCGAGUCGACUGCGUAUCCCCUGGACUUAUUGUUGGUCACCUGCCCUGAUCCCAAAGCCCGCAGAUUGGGGCAACUACAUUGAUAUCUCAGGCUUCUAUUUCCUCAACCUUUCGACCGAUUAUACCCCACAGAAAGAGCUAGCCGAAUUUCUGGCAGCUGGCCCUCCUCCAGUCUACAUUGGGUUCGGCUCUAUCGUCGUCGACGAUCCAAAUGCGAUGACAAAGAUGAUUUUCGAAGCCGUCAAGAAGACAGGUCAGCGGGCCUUGGUCUCCAAGGGCUGGGGAGGCCUAGGUGCCGACCAGCUAGGUAUCCCUGAAGGAGUAUUCAUGUUAGGCAACUGUCCUCAUGACUGGCUUUUCCAACAUGUCUCCUGUGUUGUCCAUCAUGGCGGCGCGGGUACCACGGCAGCUGGUAUUCUAGCUGGUCGUCCUACAGUUGUCGUUCCUUUCUUUGGUGAUCAGCCAUUCUGGGGCUCCAUGACUGCCAGAGCUGGAGCAGGGCCAGUUCCAGUCGCCUACAAGAACCUAACAGCCGAUAAGCUGGCGGAAUCGAUCAAAGAGGCUUUGAAGCCUGAAUCGCUCGAACGGGCCAAGGAUCUCAGCGCAAAGAUCAAAGCGGAGGACGGCACCGAAGCCGGUGCUCAAUCCUUUCACAAACAACUGCAUCUCUCAGAUCUGAGAUGUUCUUUGCUGCCCUCUCGUGUUGCAGUCUGGCGUGUUAAAAGGACAGAUAUCCGUCUCUCAACCCUCGCCGCAACAGUGCUCGGAACGGAAGGUCUUCUGGACUUUUCAGACCUGAAGCUAUAUCGACCACGUGAAUAUGAAACCGAGGAUGGCCCUUGGGAGCCCAUUUCUGGUGGAGCUGCCGCUCUUGUCGGGACUAUUGGAAACCUGUCAAUGGGUAUUGCCGACUUUCCAGUCGAGAUUCUCAAAUCAUUGAAGUCCGCGAGUGGUGAGCUUAAAGACAUACAUGAGAAGAGAAAGACGAAUAGUGGUGGCACCAGUCCUGUAUCAACCUCAAAUCAUGGUUCUACGCAAGACUUGAACAAAACUACAGAUGCUAAUUUGGUAACAUCACCAACAUCAGAGGUGCCCCCUGGUUCGAUUGAUGGCCGCGAUGAUGCCUCCAGUGGACGGAGGACUUCUGCAAUGUCAACAGUCUUGUCCUCUGACGGCUCAACCAGGCAUCAUUCUCAUCACCGUCGCCAUUCAAGGCAUGGCUCCCGAUCCGGCUCACGAAGUGGAAGCCCAAGAGAGCAGUCACCUUGUCCCGUUGACGAAGUCAGUCAGGUAACAUUGGACACUGCAAUUAGUGGAGCAAGAGCCGCCGGAAGGAUAGUCUCAGCCGGCGUCAAAUCUCCUAUGGACUUCACACUGUCAUUGGCAAAGGGAUUCCACAAUGCUCCCAAGCUCUAUGGCGAUGAUACUGUCCGAAAAAGUGAAAAGAUUGUUGAUCUUCAGUCGGGAUUGAAAGCUGCCGGCAAGGAAUUCGGCUACGGCUUUUAUGAUGGCAUCACAGGUCUCAUAACUCAGCCUCUUGCAGGUGCCAGAAAAGAGGGUGCCGCCGGGUUCAUCAAAGGAGCCGCCAAGGGCUUUGGUGGUUUGAUCUUGAAGCCUGGCGCUGGCAUCUGGGGUCUUCCUGGUUAUACUGCCAAAGGUCUAUAUGCUGAAAUUUCGAAGCACUUCGGCAGCUCUGUUCAAAAUUACAUCAUUGCAGCCCGCACAGCCCAGGGUUUCGAAGACUGGAAAACCAGUACGCCCGAGGAAAGAGCAACUAUAGUCGAAGCUUGGAAAUCCACCAAGUUGGAGACGAAGAAGGGGGGCAAACUCUAUGGAACCGAACGUAAGGAGGCCAUUGAGAGCCAUAUUCUCACUAGAUCGCAUAGUAAUUCGGUUGAACUUGUGCAUGGCUUCAAGAAUACUAAACACUUGAGCUGGGACGAGCGAAAGGCGUUAUCAGAACGGAAGCAGCAACUGAAAAAAGAGGAGAAGGAACUUCUCCGCAGAGAAAAGAAGAUCAGAGAUGCAGAGAAAAAGAAGGGAGGAAAGAUCAAGAGCCGAUGCAAAUUCUGUCCAUUCGACCAUGACAGCAGUCAUCAUCUUAAACAUACUGGUUCAUUCUCGAGCAUUGGAUCUUCUACGACUCUUGGCAAGUCCCACUCUCAUGAUAGCGGACUGGAUGACUACGAACACGCUAUCAAAACAUCAGUCAAUGCUACCAGUAAGGGUAAUCCUGAUGAGGAUGCUGUCAUUGAAAGAGCUCUCCGAGCAAGUCUCCGCGAACUGCAAAACGCGAGCUCGAAAGGAGACAAGCAUUCUGAAGAAGCAUAUCAGUCAGCCAUACAAGCCAGCAUGCAAGAAUACAAAAAAGCUCACGCCGAGAAAGGUCAAGAAUCCGGGGUCGUGUCUACCCUUCCAGCAGAAAGCCACGAACAUGAUGAGGAGUUGGAACGCGUUCUUACUCAAAGUCUUGAAGACUAUAAGCAAAAGACUGGCGGCCAGCCUCCGCAGCUUCCCCCACGUGAGGAGACUCAUUGGGAGGAUGAUAGCGAUUCUGGAGUCGACACGGACUAUGAUGAGGAGUUUGAGCGUGCGAUUGCCGAAAGCAAACGCCUACACACAGAUAACGAGCAGAAGAAGAAAGAUCUUACGGAGCGAGAGGCAGCUCUGGUGAACAGGGAAAGUGCUGCGACCCCAUCCACUAAUGGCCAGCCUCAAACCACCAAUAAUGAUGAUGGUGAUGAUGAUGCGGAACUCCAGCGUGCUCUCACCGCCUCGUCAGAGGAGGAAAAGCGUCGUCUUGGGGCACUGUCGCAGCAAAAGACUGAGGAGGAGAUUGUGCUCGAGUAUGUCAAGAAGCAGAGUCUGCUUGAGGAGGAAUUGCGAAAGAAGAAGGAGCAGGAGACAAUUAGCAAAGAUACCCCGUCCGCAACAGUUUGA